CAGAAUGAAAAUUAAAAGCUGACUCUUAGUCAUUCUUUAAAUACAGUUUAAACAAAUUUCUGAAUACCUGAAUACUCUGGGGUCAGGCUUACAGCCCAGGAAAUAUGUAAUUCCAGACCAUUCCUCAAAUCUUUUCCUCUUCCAUGCCCAUCUUCAGGCAUUUAUGUCAUCUCAACAUUGUUGCUCUAAAUGUUUCCAUCAAAAUGAGGUUUUAGCAAGAUGUGCUUUCCCCUCAGAGCCUUUCUCCCUUCUUUCUGCACACUUAUGCUGUAGACCCUCAUAGUGUGGCCUCAGGUAAAAUACUGUAGGUUCACCUAGGCAGAGAAAUGGAUGUGGCUGUGCUUUUAACAAGUACAGGCCAUACACCACACCAGUCUGCACUCCAGGAAUAUAUUUCUGCAUUUUGUCAGACCAAAAACCUUUCAGUCUUGAAAACUAAACAGAAAGUUUUGAGUUUGUUCCUGCAUGAAAAAAAAAUCCAUUUCAAACCCCUCUCAAUACAAUGACCAUGCUGCAGCUGGCUUUACUUGGGAUUACAUUAUUUUGGCAUGGUCAGAUGGCCACCAAUCUUGAGGAACUUCCCUCUGUUCUACUGCACAGAUGUUUAGUGAGCUGUUGCAUGUCUACUAGACCUCCAGCAGUUAGCCCAGCAUCCACCUUUCCCUUCAUGGCUGGUGGGAGUGCUUUCAACACUGAGAAUGCCUCACCCCUGAGGAGAAGAGAAGGUUACAGCAAAAGCUUAAAUAAUUCAGUUUUAAAUCAGGUUUUACGUAAUAAAUAAAGUUGACUUGCUGCAGAUAGAAUCCAAGCCUAACACAGGCCUGCUCAAUGUUUCAAGGUGCAAUGAAUCGUGACAAAAGGCAGUGUUUGAAGAUGACUCCUUGAAGGCAACAGUGGGAGUGUCUCAAAAUCGUGCUCUAUAUAUCACCAAGAGCUCAGGGAGCUGUUUAGCUUCAGCUGGCAAGCUGGAUUAUUACAUGCCUCUUUGAAGUUUGUAGGGAAACACUGAUUUCACAAUGGGCUCCAUCAGUGCAGCAAAUGCAGAAUUUUGUUUUGAUGUAUUCAAAGAGGUGAAACUUCACCACCCCAAUGACAACAUCUUUUACUGCCCCUUGAGCAUGAUUGCAGCCUUGGCCAUGGUCUAUCUGGGAGCAAGAAAUAACACUGAGUAUCAGAUGGAGAAGGUUCUUCACUUUGACAAAAUUGCAGGACUUGGAAGUAUCCAGACCAAGUGUGGCAAGUCUGUGAAUAUCCACCUACUGUUUAAAGAAAUCCUCUCUGAUAUCACUGCACCAGAAGCCAAUUAUUCACUGCACAUUGCUAACAGACUCUAUGCUGAAAAGACAAGUCAGAUCCUACCGAUCUACUUAAAAUGUGUGAAGAAGCUGUACAGAUCUGGUCUAGAAAUGGUCAACUUCAAAACUGCAUCAAAUCAAGCCAGACAGCGCAUUAACUCCUGGGUGAAAAAUCAGACAAAUGGACAGAUCCAGGAUUUCCUUGAGCCAAGCUCUGUUAAUCCUCAGACUGCACUGGUCCUUGUGAAUGCCAUUUACUUCAAAGGGAAAUGGAAGACUCCAUUUAAAGAAGAACACACUGAGGAAGUGCCCUUCAAUGUGACAGAGCAAGAGAGCAGACCUGUGCAAAUGAUGUAUCAGAACAACACCUUCAGAGUGGGAAGAGUGGCUGAAGAUAAAAUUAAGGUUCUGGAGCUUCCGUACACCAGUGGAGAGCUGAGCCUGUUGGUGCUGCUGCCUGAUGACGUCUCUGGCCUGGCACAGCUUGAGAACAAAAUCAGCUAUGAUAAACUCCUGGAAUGGACCAGUUCCCAGGUGAUGGAAAAGAGGAGAGUAAAAGUGUACCUCCCACGCAUGAAGAUUGAGGAGAAAUAUAACCUCACAUCUGUCCUGACAUCCUUGGGUAUGACUGACCUGUUCAGCCCCUCAGCCAACCUCUCUGGAAUCUCUUCAGCAGAGAGCCUGAGGGUAUCUGAGGCCAUCCACGAGGCAUACAUGGAAGUCACUGAAGAGGGCACUGAGGAGGGCGCUGGCUCAGCAGAUGACACAGAAGACAUUCAACAUUCCUCUGAGUUUGAAGAGUUUAGGGCUGACCACCCAUUCCUUUUCUUGAUCAAACACAAUCCAAGCAACCUGAUCCUCUUCUUUGGUAGAUAUUUUUCUCCCUAAAGAGAAAAGGGCUGGAAUAAUGCUUGCCUACCCCUAAGAAACAGACCACCUUUACCCUAGUAUAGUAGUAUAAUCCCAUCUCUUCAGUAUUUUCUGCAAGUGGAAAGGCUGCUCUAAGUUGCGCCCUUUCCUGAAACUUCCAUAGCAGAGACACACCUGCAGUUGAGGAAACAGCAGUGUGUUUGCUCCUUUCCCUUCUCAGACUGGUUUCUGUGUGGAUUGAGUCAAGAAAAGAGUAAGGCCUCAGAGAAUAGAGCCCCUCAAACACCAGGACGGGGUCAGAUGAUUUUCACUUGAGGUAGGAAUUGCAGAUAGGACUCCAAGUCUUUAGUAUUCCAUCAUGUAGAAAGCCAUGGGCUAUGCUCAUCCCAUUCCCUGGUACUAUCCUGCUAACAAACCCAUGCAGUUCCUGAAACACUGGCUUUGAAAUCUUCAGUCUGGAGAAUAUGCUUGUGGAUAAGAUUCUGCAAUGCAGGGUAUUAAUUUUUGCCCAUGUAAGUUUUAUUAUUUUUACCUAUCCAUUGGGAAAUUGUGCAUAUAUCCACUAUGACCAGAGCUGUCCUCUCACCAUGAGUACCUCAGGCAAUACUGAAUUUCUUCCAGAGUCUUUCCAAAGUCAUGGAGAGUUUCCCUUCCACUUCAGAAUGUUCAAGGAGAUCUAACUUUGUCUAGUUGCAAUUAUGUUUUGUCACAGAGUAUACCUUCAAAGCCUGAAACAUGUGGAUGAUGCAGAACUCAACUCCCAAGCAAAAGAGUUAUCUGAAUUCUUGUUUAGAACAUUGGAAGUCAUUCCAAAUUUGAGAACAUUCUGAUUUUUGUGAAAAAUCCUGAAAGUGAUGUUAAAGAAUCUGAUUUCUCCAUGGUAGUUUUGUGAAAAUCACAGCUUUUAAAGUAAUUCCUGUCUCUGUUGAUCUUGCUUAGCAAAUAAACUUCAAUUUGUUCCUGGAAAGUUCUCAGUUGUUCAAAACUCAAGAGCAUUAUUAUUCCAUGAAUGUAGCUGGGCUUCUUUGUUACUAUGGUAGUUCAAGACUACAUCUCUCAUUUUCAAGAAAUAUAUGAGAAUCCUAAUUUUCUCUGUCUUUUGUCCCAAUGUGUCCACUAGCAUCUCCACGUAUGGUUCCAUUGGCACAAUACUAUGACCCGUUUUCAUUCUAAUCAUAUAUUACUGAUUUUGAUGCACAUAACUGAU